AUGGGACAAUGCUGUGCAAAAGAGAGUCUCGAUGUCCACGAAAUUGAGACCAAUCGCUCCAUUGACAAGCAGAUCAAGACCGACGAACGUCGCAUGAAGACUGAGGUCAAGCUAUUGUUGCUCGGUGCUGGUGAAUCAGGGAAAUCAACCGUGUUGAAGCAAAUGCGUCUGUUACACGCAGCUGGAUUUAGUGCAUCGGAACGAGAAAGCUACCGUGUCAUUGUGUUUAGCAACAUUUUCAGUAUCAUGCAAACGCUACUCGAGAUUACACAACAACUCGAUCUAGAAAUACACGAUAAGCAACUCCAGGAAGAUGCACGGGGUUACUUCCGAGAAAUGCCGCCAUUGGCUAAAGAUGAGCCUUUUCCUCUUGAUUAUCUCGAUAUCCUUAAGAGACUUUGGGCAGAUGAAGGAAUACAGAGUGCGUAUGAACAUGGAAAUUCGUUUGCUCUUCAUGAUAAUGUUCCGUACUUUUAUACCCAAUUGGAUCGCUUGUGGGAACCAGAAUACCUACCUACGGAUCAAGAUAUCAUCCGAUGUCGUGCAAAGACUACAGGGAUCGUUGAGACUAUCUUUCAUUUGGGACCUUUAACCUAUCGCAUGGUGGAUGUUGGUGGUCAACGGAGCGAACGAAAGAAAUGGAUACAUUGCUUUGACAACGUUACCGCUAUCCUAUUUGUUGUUGCAAUUAGUGGAUACGACCAGUGCCUGGUUGAGGAUAGGGAUUCAAUGUUGGAAGCCCUUAUGCUUUUCGACAGCAUAUGCAAUUCGCCAUGGUUCGUAAAAACAUCGAUGAUUCUCUUUUUGAAUAAGAUCGAUAUCUUCCGUGAAAAGAUCAAAGUUUCUCCUAUAUCUCAAUACUUCCCCGAUUACCAAGGUCCUGACGAUGAUGUUGACCAGACAUGCAUAUACUUUCGCAAGCGAUUUCAACGAUUGAAUCACAACCCUUCAAAACGCAUUUAUUGUCAUUACACAGACGCCACUGACAGCAAACUUUUGGAACAUGUGAUGUAUGCUGUAUCAGAUAUCAUUUUGAAUGAGAAUCUGAAUACAUUUAUUCUCUAA